AUGCCCAGAAAGACCCUAUCUCAGGAGUUCGCUAUAGCACUGUGGCGCGCCUUCCGCACCCUCAUCCCCGCACCACACGACCGCGUUCCCCUCACGUUCUCCACAGCGCCCUACGCCUGCGCAUACUUCAUCCCGUUCAUAUUCCUUUGCUAUCUCGCUCGACGUCCGGACACUCGUCUUAUACGGAUACUUCUUCUUCCACUCCUCAUCACCACAUCUUUACAAGGCGCCUUCGGCUACGUAUGGACCGACCCACGUUUGAACGUAUACAAUUGGGGCGCUGCCCUUGCUUCGUUCGCAGUCAUCGCGAAGGGGUUAGAUGCAGCGCUGGCAAGUGAGGGCAGAUUCAAACAAGGGGAGAAUGGGUUGGGAGACAUGGAGGAGCCCGCGAUUGCGAAGAAGGAAGGUGUGGAUGAGGCGCCUGGUGAUACAGAGACGAAGAAGAGGCCUGGAAGCACAUUCCUGCCCAGGUGGCUCGAGGAUGCGCUAGAGUUCGCCUUUGCUUUUAGAGGCAUCGGUUGGGACUUUGGGAAAGGGGUGUAUCUGCCACCACCAACGAGGCCAUUGGAGAAAGGACCAUUCGUGCGCGCGACACUCCUCAGUUUCGUUAUCAACUACAUCGGGCUGGAUUUCAUGGAGAGUCUCCUGAAACAACUUCCAGGCGUUGGGAGCGUGCGUGGAGGAACAAUCUUUUACCCCUGGAUGGAACCACUACCGAGAUACCUGGCGUCGACCCUAAUUCAUUUCUCGACCGGGUGCGCACUCCUUUGCGGAUUCGCCAUGGUCUACGAUCUUAUCACCCUGUUCGCCGUCCUCCUGCUCGACCAUUCUCCGACAGCUUGGCCGCCUGUUAUGGAUAAUCCCUGGAUCGCGGAUUCCCUACACGACUUCUGGGCCAAACGAUGGCAUCAACUGUUACGCCAGACAUUCUUGGUCCUUGGAGGCAUCCCGGGGCGCGUACUUUUUGGGAAUAUCGGAUUGGUGUUCGGAACAUUUUUGGCGUCGGGAAUGUUCCAUGAAUGCACAAUAUACGCCUUAGGAAGAGGAUGGGAUGGAAGGGUUCCGUUGUUCUUUCUGUUGCAAGGAGGCGCGGUUAUCGGGGAGAGGCUGUGGAGGCGUUGGACUGGUAGGAGGGUCGGAGGGUGGUUUGGAACGCUAUGGGUUUAUUUCGAUAUCGUGAUCUUGGGACAGCCGCUUACGGAUGCGUGGCACCGAAGAGGUCUUGCGGGAGGCAUGGUCAUCCCACCAUUUAUAUCUCCGAUGCGCCUUUUCGUGAUCCCUGCGGUCAAGCACCUUCUCGGCUACUGA